AUGGCCAGGCCUCUCCUCUCGGACCUUCAGAAGGUCAUCCUUCGACCGACGGAGACCCGGGUGAGGCAGCGGGAUGGUCAGGUGCUGCUAGAGCGCCGCUCAGCGGAAGGGCUGCUCGCUCAAGAGGUGGUGGGCAUGGAGGAGCCGCCGCAGUUCCUGGAAGACCAGGCCAAGGGACUCUCACGUCUCACGCCCAAGAUCUUUGAGCCCAGCAGCUCUCGCUGGUUGGCCCAGCAGGUAGAUGCGAGUGCGGCCGCUGAGCUGAACACGGCCACGCAAACGCUGCGUGUGGUGAGCUACAAUGUGUGGUUUAGUGAGUUCCGCCAGGAGAUCCGGGCAAAGGCGCUCUUUGCGAUACUGGAUGAUGAGGAUGCAGACGUCGUAUGCUUGCAGGAGGUGACUCCAACCUUCCUCGCGUGGUUGCGAGAGGAACACUUUGUCCAAGAGCGCUACAGCCUCUCAGACACUGUGGGCACCACCCUGCAAGGUGCGCAGCUGGCCUAUGGGGUCGUCCUGCUGUUGAAGCGCACGCUGCACGCCACGGCCAUGGAGCUCUGGCGCUUGCCCACGCGGAUGGGACGGUCCUUGCUCUUGGCCAAGCUGCCCAUGGAGGAGUUGGAGCUUUGGGUGGCCACUGUGCAUUUGGAAUCCGACUCCCAGGACCUUCGCCGAGAGCAGCUCAGGUGCAUCGUUGAAGUCCUGGACGGAGCAAGCCAUGUGAUCUUGGCUGGAGAUAUGAACUUCGGGGACUUCGCCGUGGAGGAGGUGGAGCUGCGACAGGCUGGUUACCACGACUGCACCGCACAGUCUGGACAUACCAUGCCACGCUCUGACUUCGGGCACCGCGCCGAGCGGCUGGAUCGGAUCUAUAGCAAGGAGGUCACAGGCGCUGCGACUCGCUUCGUGCCCUCGAAGCCUGAGCUGUUGGGUACGGAAGCCUGCGACCUUCCUUCGCCGCAUGGCACUCGAGUCCGCAGCGGCUUGUCCAGAGGAUUCCAUGCUGAAGAUAGUGAUGACACCGAUCCGGAGAUGCCGUCGUUGAUCCCCGUGGAGUUUGGGGAGAUCCCCCAGCCCUUGAGUCUUUGCCCUUCAGAUCACUACGGAAUCAUGUGCGACCUGGAGUUGGUGAAACGGAAGGGGGAGACGCAGAUGACCUUGGGAGUGGGUACAUACAACUACAUGGCUCCAGAAGUGGUUAGGACAAAGAAGUAUGAUGAGAAAGUUUAUAUCUAUACCUUGGCCUCGAUCAUGUUCUACUUGAGUUCAGGGAAGCGGCCAUUUUACCACCUCUUUGUCAGAGGCCAAGGACCCGCGGAGCUGCUCGAGCGCUUCGCGCGGGGCGACGAUCCGUGGCCGGACGCGCGGCAGUGCCACCGCCGUUUGCGCGGCCUCAUCGAGCGAGGCUGGGCGGUCAAGGCAUCGGAGCGGCCGAGCGCCAAGGAGGUGCUGGAGGACUUAGAGGAAGAAAAGAACUUGCAGAUGCUAGGCACUGGAUACCUCUUAGAAUGGAUGCUUUCCAUUGACAACCUCUUUGUAUUCAGGAGUAUCUUCCUCAUCUUCCACACUCCCAGUUCCCACAAGCACAAGCCGCUCUUCUGGGGCAUUUGUGGUGCCAUCGUCUUUCGCAUGGCCUUCUUCGUAGUUGGUGAGGUCCUGAUGCAUGCCUUUUGGGCCACGCAUUUCGUCCUGGGCUUCUUCCUCAUCUACACUGGUUACAAGAUCCUGGGCAUGGAAGAGGACGAGGAGGACGAGCCCAACCAGAAUCCCAUCUUUCUUUGGGUCACCAGGCAAAGGAAAGGGCAACAUCUGAACCGAGACACAGCGACUGAGACCUACUUACCUUUUUUCCCUGCCCAUGGACCCGCAGAGACCAUGUCCUUCUCGGACUCUGAAGCCCUGCCCGAUGCGCCGCGUGCCGCCUUCGCGGACCACGGACCCCCGCGGUGUCGCUCGGCACCCUGCCGGCUGCUGCCGGGCAUGGACUUGGAGGACUUGGAGCAGAUGACCUCGGAGGCCAUCGAGCUCUUCCGCAAGGGGCAACAGCAAGCUGCGCUAGACUUGGCUGUGGACUUCUCCAAGAAUGCAGAGAUGCUGCUGGGUCGAAGUCAUCCGGUGAACGUGAACGCGCUGGCCACCGUGGCGGCCCUGGCCGAGCAGAUGGGCUGCCGACGGGAGGCGGAAGAGUUGCUCCAGGAAGCAGAAGAGCUGCACCAGGAGCACCUCGAAGACAUGGACGACCUCGCCACUGAAAGCUCAAGAAGCCACAGCAGAAGCUCCCAAAGUUCUGAGGCAGCAGCAGAGGGUAUCGAGCAUCUCACUUGGGAGGUUCAGGAACUCUUGAAGGAUGGCCAUCCAGAACUUGCUGCCAAGCUGCUGUCAGAAGCAGAAGUGAGUGUACUGGCGGGUGGCCAAGAGAAUCCCACCCUCCAUUACCUCAAGAAGGCGUCGCUGCACACCCUCUGGGCCGCAGUUUUAGAGGAUAUUGGGGAGAAGGACAAAGCUGCUAAGCUCUAUGAUGAAGCACUGACAUGCUUAAGGCAUGAUGAACCUCAACAUUUGGAUUCUUGUACUUCUUCCGAUGCUUCCCAUCGGACGAGCCACAGUGGUGGUUCCGGUGGGAGUGCAAGUGCCGAGAGUUUCAAGGUUCCCCCAGAGCAGCAGGUGCUUUUACCAUUGGAGGAAAAGAUGAAGCUUUUGAUGGAGCGUGAGGAGCCUGAGCAGAAGACCUGCUUGGAGGCGGCCCACGAGCCUCAGCAGCUUCGAGAAGCCGAGCUGCCAAAGCCCGAGGCUUUGUCCGGAAUACCAGAGCCUCCAAAACCGGAGGCUUCAAGCCCAGCCAAAGCGAAAGGGGCUGAACCUUCCCAGUCCUCCGCCUAUGAGCCUUCAACACCUGCCCCUGCCCCUGCGCCAGAUGUCACUGUUGUUAUAUCUGCUGUGAAAAGCCUAGCUUCCCAAGUUUCCCCAGCUCCCCAACCCCCUCGUGCUAGUCCAUCCACCCCCACUCCAGCCACUCCAGCCACUCCAGCCACUUCCCCACCGAAGGCAGCACCAGCCACACCACCCAAGGCCACGCCUAAGAGGCGUCCGCCUCCCUUGGCGCCUAAGGCCACUCCUCUUGCGACCGCCGUGCGCGUGGGUGGUGGCUUCAAGCUGCCCAAAGCGCCGCCGAAGGCGUCUUCGGCCAAGGCCGCGCCGCGGAAGGUGAAAGCCAAGGCGAAGGCGAAGACGGUGGAGACAGUGGAGACAGUGGAGAUGGAGACUGAGACACCAACACAGGAGACCCCAGAGCCGUCCAAGGAGGAGCUGGGUGCUCGUUUGACGGAGGCGGCGAAGAAGGCCAUGGUCACAGCAGAUCAUUUUUUGGGGCUGGCCAAGUUUGACAGAGCUGCAGAUGUCUUGGAGGACCAGCUGAUGGAGAUAUCUUCCGACAACUGCCCCCUGCGGAACAGCAACUUGCACAUUGAGCUGCUCGAGAAGUAUGGAGGCAUACUUUGGUGGGAUGGCGACUUGGAGAGCGCCAUCGAUGCUUAUGCUGCGGCUGAUGAGGUUUUGACCGAGCGCGGCGCCGACUCGGGCACCGGGUCCGAUCCGCAGCUUUUGAUGCGACGUGCCAAGAUCUGGAGUUUGGUGGCACAAAUCCAUCGCAAAAGCGGAGACUUGGAAGCAGCCGAUCGACAUUUGCAGGCUGCAAUGCACUCCUUGGAGGUGUUGCCUAAGAUGCCAUCUGGAAGUGAUAAGACCUACUCUCCCAUGGCUUUGGAUGAUCUUCUACGAGAUCUUCAAGCUGCUUUAGGGCAGGUCUGUGUUGAGAAGAAGGAGUAUUCCCGUGCGCAAGAGCUUUACCUCAUGGCAUUUAGUCCACAAAAGCCAGCCGAAACUUUCAGCUUGACAGCAAGCGAAAACGUCUGA